GUGUAUUGAACGCUUCUGGGCAUAUGACCAUAUAGCUAUGCGAACAAGUUACAGGCGGCCGGUGCACGCGCAGCUUGGCCUCAUCAGGUGUUUAUUUGGCACGUGAGGUACAAACUCGGAAAACCGCUGUCUGUGAAUACAACAUUUUUUGUUAUCCUCGUCUCAUCACAGACAUCCCUUUGAAAACGGACUUGCCUUUUUCCUUGGCUGAAUAUUAGGCUGUUAUUCUUUUUCACUUUAAUUUUUUCCUACAUAAUUCAACCCAAUUCGCUUCAAUGUCUUGUCAAAAUCGGCCAGCACUUCCGACGAACCGCUAUGUGCAGCGCACAGCCGCAAAGGAGGGCACAUGUUUUAUAUGCGGGUACUUUACGCCAAACAUAUUUAUGACCGAGCAAGGAACAGCCACCGACUGGUUCUACAUAUGUUCAAAGCACACAUUGAUGCCGAGCUUUUGCACAGUGGCCCUGGACACAGCGAGCAAAGACUUUGUUGCUAGCGCUGGCAUGGAUAAUCCAGCGAGCCGAGGGAAAGCUGCAAAUAAGGACAGACAGCUUGGAGCAGACAGUGUAGACGGUGCGGGACCGUCCGAGAGCAACAGUAACAAAAAUAACAGCAAGGAGAAGAGCGAGAAGAAGGAUAAAAAGAACGAGCAGAAGGUCCAAGCAAGCAUAAAAGAGGACAGCGCCGCAGACAGAACGGCAGAAGCCCCAAAGCGCAAGGUGUACGUGCUGCACCGUGACGUGUUCUACCUUCGUCAAAGGCCGUUUGUGAAGAGGUGGGAGAAGGAGCAAGCUGAUACGUUGGCACAGCGGUUGCCCAGUGCACCUCGCAACCUGCCAAAGUAAAGCAAAAAGCAAAUGCCCAGCUGCAAGAAGGAGGGAGAGAGGGGGGGGAGCGCGGCUAUAUGUUUCUUUUGAAUAUGGAGGAUCCAAGUGGAAGGGGGUGGAUUGAGUGUCGAUAUGCAAGUCUCAUCUGAAAAUUUUGAAUCGGGCCGCAGGGGUUACAUGUGCCGAAAACCCAAAACCCA